AUGGUGAACAUUACCUAUGGUAUUCUUACCCAGAACGACGAUGGCACGUACACCUUUGACUCGAAGGGAACGGACAUUGUCUCCACCCUGGCCGGCGAGACCACUGUGUAUGACCCAGGAGACAUUGCAUGGGUCCUCACUUGUGCUGUGCUCAUUAUUUUCAUGAUCCCUGGUCUUGGUUACCUGUAUUCCGGUUUGGCGCGUCGUAAAAACGCCCUCCAGCUUCUCUUCCUGUCCAUGGCCUCGCUCGCCAUCGUCUCCUUCCAAUGGUUCUUCAUCGGCUACUCGCUCGUCUUCUCCGAGACUGGUGGCAAGUUUUUCGGCGACGGCAAGAACGUCGGGUUCCGUGGCGUCCUCGAGCGCCCCAUUCCGGAGAGCAACGGCAAGCUCCCGGAGAUUGUCUUCGCCAGCUACCAGCUCAUGUUCGCCAACCUCGUCCCCGCGGUUCUCCUCGGUGCCGCCGCUGAGCGUUCGCGCACUGGCCCCGCCCUCAUCUUCAUUUUCUGCUGGACCACCCUCGUUUACGACAUGCUCGCCCACUGGAUCUGGUCCGUCAACGGCUGGGCAAACACCUGGGGCAUCCUCGACUAUGCCGGCGGUGUCCCCGUCGAGAUUGCGUCCGGUGUCGGCGGUCUUGCCUACUCGUACUUUAUCGGCAAGCGUCGCGGCUACGGUACCGAGCGCGUCAUGUUCAAGCCCUCCAACGUCUCGUCCGUCACCCUCGGCACUGUCAUGCUCUGGGUCGGCUGGAUGGGUUUCAACGGCGGCUCGUGCUUUGCCGCCUCGCUCAAGGCCGCCAUGUCGAUCUUUGUUACCAACCUUGCUGGUGCCGUCGGUGCCAUCACCUGGAUGAUUAUGGACUACCGCCUCGAGCGCAAGUGGUCCAUGGUCGGUUUCUGCACCGGUGCCAUUGCUGGUCUCGUUGCCAUUACCCCUGCCGCCGGCUACGUCGGUGCCCCCGCAGGUGCUCUUAUUGGCCUCGUCGCCGCUGCGUGCUGUAACUUGGCCACCCGCCUCAAGUCUACCAUGCGUGUCGACGACCCUAUGGAUAUCUUCGCCGUCCACGCCCUCGCUGGUCUCGUUGGCGUCAUCAUGACCGGCAUCUUCGCCCAGUCUUCCGUUGCCGCCAACGACGGUUUCUCUGAGAUCCCCGGUGGCUGGAUGGACGGCCACUGGGUCCAGAUUGGCAAGCAGAUUGCAUGGGCCGCCGUCGGCUUUGGCUGGACGUUUGUUGUCACCAUUGCCAUCAUGUUCGUCAUCAACCUCAUCCCCGGCUGCAAGUUCCGUGCCUCCGAGGAGGCCGAGAUUGUCGGCAUGGACGAGGUCGAGCACGACGAGUACAUUGCCGACUAUGCCUUCUUCCGUCGUGACCUCGAGGGCCAGGGCCCCCACGACCUGUUCCGCACCAUCACCGCCGAGGUUCGCCGCGAGGCCGAGCUGUACCGCGCAAACUCGCGCGCAACCCAGUCGCGCCAUUCCCUCCGCUCCCUUCACGACGUCCCGGAACACCACGGCGAAAGCACCAUGGCCAACUCGGACACCACGGCCAACUCUGGAGACGGCAAGGAGCGCAUUUCUGAAAAGGUCAUUCCAGCAGUCGCGUCAACAGACUCUAUCGCAGAGGAGCGUCCGCACCAGCAGUGA